GCUGUAGAAAAUGUCUGUUCUUACAAUGCAUCACCUACACUGUACAAACAACUACGACAAGUCUGUGAAGAUCAUGUGAAAUCACAAAUACUGCAGUUUAGAGAAGAUUCUCUUGACAGUCUCUUAUUUUUAAAGAAAAUAAACAAGUGCUGGCAAGAUCACUGCAGACAAAUGAUCAUGAUUAGAAGCAUUUUUUUGUUUUUGGAUCGUACUUACGUUCUUCAGAAUUCAAUGCUACCUUCUAUAUGGGAUAUGGGGCUAGAACUUUUUAGAAACCACGUUGUUAGUGAUAAACUAGUUCAAAGUAAAACUAUUGAUGGAAUCCUACUAUUGAUUGGACAAGAACGAAAUGGUGAAGCUGUGGAUAGAAGCUUGUUACGAAGUUUAUUAAGUAUGCUGUCUGAUUUACAAGUUUACAAGGACUCAUUUGAACAAAAGUUUUUAGAAGUUACAAACCAUUUAUAUACGGCAGAGGGCCAAAGAUUAAUGCAAGAACGAGAGGUCCCAGAAUAUCUUCACCACGUUAACAAACGUUUAGAAGAAGAAGCAGAUAGAGUAGUAACGUAUUUAGACCACAGCACACAGUAAGUACCUCUUACUUUUUUUCCAAAUUACAAGACUGCUGUU